CUGAGCUAGAGCGGAAUGCGAGCGCGCUCGCGUUUUUCGGUGAGUGGCGAGCUAGAGCCGCUCUAUUUUAAAAAUCGCGAGCUAGAGCGGGACUGGACGAGUCACGAGCGGAAGCUCGUGACCGUGGCGCCAUCUAUCAACCAAUAUUCUCACCAAGUGCAAUUGGUCAAUUCCAAAGCAGACAACAGGAGGCUGACUUCUAAAUCUAAAGCAAUGGAAAUGGCAAGUGCAAAUGUAAGUCAAGGCAUGGCUGACCAAAUCACGCUAUCAGCCUCUGAUGGCUCUGAAUCAGAAUCAGAAUCAAAUCAUGCAAAUUCCUCUGUAAAUUCCUCUUCUCAUGUUGAAGUUGAAAAUGGAAACACUGGGGGAAAAAAACCAACAAGCUGGAAUGAAUCCAGAAUUAAGUUGCCAUCCAACUACUUCCAAUUCAUGUACGACAAAAAAGAUGGCAAAGGCUUUUCAGUUAAAUGCCUCAUAUGUCACAAGACAAAGACAAAGUUUAAUAAAAAAGACGAGAUUGAACUUCUGACUAUUACCGACAAUUCUGGAUACAAUGCCAAGAGGCACAUAAGAUAGGGGAGAACGGGGUCAACUUGGACACGGGUCAUAUUGGACAAAGACCCUAAGUGCUA